AGAACGGGGGGGGGAUAGGGGAAACAACCAAGAUGGCGGACGCCAUUUAUUCCGGCGCCUCAAGCCCUUCGUUUCUUGGAAGGCUCAAAGGUUGUCUUUCCCGCUGUUGGCCGUACGCCUGGUUGCUGUUACUCCUUGUCGCGCUGGUGCUUCUUUACCAUUUCAGAGCGCCGCUUCGUCUCUACGAGACUGUAGUGGCUGUGACUGGUUUUAUCAACACAUUGACUCCGAAGUUCUAUGUUGCACUCACAGGCACAUCAUCACUCAUAUCUGGAUUAAUACUGGUUUUCGAAUGGUGCUACUUUAAGAAGUACGGGACAUCCUUCAUUGAGCAGGUGUCUGUAAACCAUUUGCGACCAUUGAUGGGUGGAAUCGAACCUGGAGCAUCUGCUGGGAGUUUUUUCCCAAACCCUGGAGAGAAUGACACCAGCAGGCAAAGCUUGUCAGAGUGCAAGGUCUGGAGAAACCCUUUAAAUCUUUUCAGAGGAGCCGAAUACAACAGGUACACAUGGGUUACCGGGAGAGAGCCUCUCACAUACUACGAUAUGAAUCUGUCAGCACAAGAUCAUCAGACAUUUUUCACAUGCGACACAGACAUGUUGAGACCAUCUGAUGCUGUUAUGCAGAAAGCUUGGCGAGAACGAAGCCCCCAAGCGAGAGUGAAAGCUGGACACAAGGCCUUGGAAGAGUUUAGUGACUGUGCCACUGCAUAUAUUCUGUUGGCUGAAGAAGAAGCCACCACAAUAUUGGAGGCCGAAAAACUGUUCCAGCAGGCAUUAAAAGCAGCAGAAUCUGCAUAUAAAAAGUCCCAACAGCAGCAGCACUUGAGUGUACAACACGAAGCUCAGCACAGAAGAGACACAAAUGUAUUAAUUUAUACAAAACGAAGACUAGCAAUGUGUGCAAGAAAAUUGGGAAGAAUACGUGAAGCUGUUAAAAUUAUGAGAGAUUUAAUGAAAGAGUUUCCUCUUCUUAGCAUGGUGAAUAUCCAUGAAAACCUGCUGGAAGCCUUGCUGGAAUUGCAGGCCUAUGCGGAUGUUCAGGCGGUAUUAGCAAAAUACGACGAUAUCAGUCUUCCCAAAUCGGCAACAAUAUGUUACACGGCAGCGUUGUUAAAAGCCAGAGCUGUCUCUGAAAAGUUUUCUCCAGAAACAGCCUCCAGAAGAGGACUCAGUACGGCUGAAAUGAAUGCAGUGGAGGCCAUUCACCGAGCUGUGGAGUUUAAUCCUCAUGUUCCCAAGUAUUUAUUAGAAAUGAAGAGCCUAAUUAUGCCUCCAGAGCAUAUCCUGAAGCGUGGCGACAGCGAAGCUGUAGCUUAUGCCUUUUUCCAUCUCCAGCACUGGAAACGGGUUGAAGGUGCCCUGAAUUUACUACACUGCACUUGGGAAGGGACAUUCCGGAUACUUCCAUACCCCCUAGAAAGGGGUCAUCUGUUUUAUCCCUACCCUGGAUGCACAGAAAGUGCUGACAGAGAGCUAUUACCAGCUUUCCACGAGGUUUCAGUUUAUCCAAAGAAGGACUUACCGUUCUUUAUUCAUUUCACGGCUGGCCUUUGCUCGUUUACUGCAAUGCUGGCGCUUCUGACGCAUCAAUUUCCAGAGCUCAUGGGCGUUUUCGCUAAGACUUUUUUGGUAACACUGCUCACUCCCUUCAGCUUUCUGUUGGAAAAGAUCGAAAGUGUCUUGCCUUCUGGCUUAUGGCACCAGCUCACUCGAAUGUAAAGACCGGCUUCCUCCAGUGAAUAUGAAAACUUAACACGGUGCAAAGUUAUUCUGCGCUCCAUCAAAUUUCUACUUUAAUAUUGAAAAUGCCUGCGUUUAACAUUCUAAAAUAAAAACCAGCUCAGCAA